AUGGCUACUCCAUUUUUCAGGCUGGCUCAAUAUGCAGGAGGGCUGUUGAGGUUUCUAUUUAGUUAUGUGCAAUCCUGCCCAUUUCGAUUGGCCUCUCCAACACCACCGCUACACUGUGGAUCCGACUCCAGCUGCAAGGGACCAAUUGUCUUCUUCUGGGUUUGGUCUGCCGUUGCCUCUCGAAUCUUCCGGAAGAUGAUCAUUUCCUUGUACAAACCCUUUAGCAACUGUCAUUUGGCUAUCGCCUUCUGCAUCUCUUGCUGGCGGGCCUCCUGGAUGGAGAUCGAGCGCGUCAAAUAUAGCGGAACGUUUACAGGGGCGCUGAUCAAAUUCGUCCAAAGUGGCGCCGGUACUAAACCUGUCGUCGCCCCUACCAGAAACCGUGUAGGCCAACUACCAUUUCACCUGAAUUUGGUCAUCAUCAACGAAAGACACUUCGUUGGGUUCAGACUUCUCAAAAAUGAUUUGGGUAGCUGGCUCUCCUCAAACUUGUCCUUCUCACUGCACUAUGAGAAACCGGCCCAAAAGGCAUUCGGCGUUCUACAGAUGAUUCGAGGCAAUUACUCCCGUAUUACUCGCCUGGACCUCAGAACACUCUAUGGGGCCCAUGUCAGACCGCUUUUUGAAUACGCCGAUCAGAUUGUCUACUUGGGGCGCACGAGCGACGCAACCCUCAUUGAGCGUGUCCAGCGAGGUGCUGCGAAAAUGGUUGCUGGCCGUAAAACCCUGGAAUAUGAAGGGCUUCUUGUGGCCCUCGACCUCAUUCCCCUGGAGUAUCGUCUUCUCCAAGGGGACCUAAUAUUUACCCAUGUUGCUUUUGAACACGCUUUGUUCAACCGGUUUUUCAAGAUUGAUCCAACCAUCAUAUGGCGGCGACAUGGCAAGAAGAUGCUCACAUUCAGAGCGCGCAUUUUUAUAAGGCAAAAUUCUUUCGGAAAAAUACAGUUCUACAGAAGGACGCCCCCAGAAUGCUAUUGUUCAUGGUAUGGUGCUGUUCUGUUAUAUAAUCACGCGGGACAAGUGGACGACCGGCUGGAAUAUUUGGAAAAUAUAAAUUCAACGUCACUUAAAGUACUGGAAAAAAAUUCGCAGCUUAGAAAGCUGAAUGGUGAAUUGAAGAAAGAAAAAAAUGAGUUCAAGCGAAAGAUGGAAGAGCUGGAAUUGCGAUGGACCAUCGUCCAAGAAAAAGAGAAAAUAUACAGGGACUCACUAAUAAAGUUUGAAAAGAUGCUGAGAGAUAACGACGAAAAAAAGUUGCGAGCCUUGCGGAAACUAGCGAACGAGCGAUCGCUCCAAAAGACGAAUGAGGUAGAACUCGAAAUUUUGAGAAAAACAAAUAAACAGCUAUUGAGCCAGCGCCAGAGACUGGAGAAUAAGGUUGCUAAUCUACGAAAAUAUCAGAGGUUUCUCCAAGAACUUGUGAAGCGUUCAGAAUAUUUUAGUGAUAUCUCGGAGGUUCUUUCACGUUACAAUGCGCUUAAGGCAAAUCUUGAGGACCUUAAAUGUGUGGAUCAAAUGAAUAACUUGUGUUUCGAAGAUCUAUCAACACACCUGCAUCAGUACAAAGAGGAAAAAAGCGACGAGAAACUAUCAUUAACCAAUGAGCUUACAGCCCUCAGGAGAAGGUUGGAAGACAGCCAGACAGAAAACAGAAAUAGAGAAAACCUAUGGGUGCAUACCCGGGACGACGCCUUACAGAGGGUAUCGGAGUUGUGUGAACUAAAGGGUUCCGUGCUUAAUAUGUAUCGGACUGCAAGAAAGUAUGAGAAAUACGGUGAAGACUUAUCGUCGGAGAACACAGUGGAUCAACUUGAAGUGAUAAAAGAUUUUAUACUUGAUUUGUCGGAAAUCGUCAAAGAAGUCAGUUGACGUGCUUUCGUCCACCAAAUACGCAGCGAUGUCCAGAUGAUCUGUAUAUCAAAGACAGCUUACUCUGCGUGAAAGAAUUUUGGUAGUUCGUGUUUUUAGAUCACUCUGUGUCCAUGUUCACCCAUAAUAUUUCAUUAGAAUUUGCAAGGAACAAAAUAUUUAUAGAUAAAGUAUUGUUCUGCAAAAUUUUGCCUCAGAUUUUGUCGAGAUGUCAACAGGAAUCAAUUCAACUCGUUGUAAAUCAGUUUUGUUGGGAC